UGUCAAAAUCUGGCAACCUGCCUGCAUUCCGAUAUUUUUUUUCUUUUUUUCUAACAAACCUGUGGCGUCUUCAGUAAGUUACUGUUCAUCUCCAGCAGGAUGGUAGGCAAACAGGUGAGAAGAACGGAUGAAGGUCUGAUAAUGAUGCAGGAGCUGGAGGAUCGCCUGAAGGAGCAGAUCGACAAACUGGAACACAUCCGACUCUCUGCAGCAGAUCUGAAAGAACACCUAUCCGGGAUCAGUGGAGAUCUGCGUCAGUCCAUCAGUCACCACGUGGACUGGUUACAUCACAUAACACAGAGAGUGGAAACACUCCACGUCAACAUGUCCGUCUUCGUCCAGAUGAACUCCAGGCCUCGAGUUUUCAGAGAGAGACAACAGAGCUUCAGAAACUCCUCACACACGGGGCGUGGUCAUCUGGGGCGUGGUCACCUAGGGCAUGGUCACCUGGGUGACGACGCCCAAUCGGAAUUUGGCUGGUCUCCGUUUCGCACAAGGCGAAACAGUGACGCUGCUUCCGAGAUGUCGUGCGCCUGGUGACCCUGAGACCUGUUUAUUAGACCAGGAGCUCAGAGCAGAUACUAAUCCUCUGUUUAUCAUCACAUUUCAUCACCUCUUAGAGUCAUACAGCGAUUUUAUACCUCUGUAUAUUCUUUAAAGUGAAUAAACGUUCUACUAUGUUUGUAUUUUUGUAUGUCUUGGAAUAUGCAAAUAAAGAAACCUUAUAAACUAUUUCAUAAUAAUGGCCCUUCUCAUUAUCUCUGGAGACUUUAAUCAUGCCCCUCCAUCCUCCACUCUGCCCACAUUCACCCAGUACAUUUCAUGCCACACCAGAGACAAAAAAACACUGGAUUUAUUUUAUGCAAUCUCAAAGGAGGCUUACACUUCAGCUCCCCUCCCCCCCUUGGGAAGAUCGGAUCACAACCUGGUUUAUCUCCAACCUGUGUACAAACCCCUUGUAUGCAGGCAACCAGCUGCCUCCCGCACAGUGAGGACAUGGUCUGAUGAGACCACUGAGGCUCUGAAAGACUGUUUUGAAACAACUAUGUGGGAGGAAUUGUGCAAUCCUCAUGGAGAGGAUAUCGACAAUCUAACAGACUGUGUGGAGAAUACUGUACCUACCAGGACUGUACGGUGUUUUCCCAACAACAAACUAUGGAUCAACCCUGAUAUAAAGACUCUCGGACCACAGUAUGUGAGGACUCGUGACUGUGAGUCUGAGAUGGUUGUCUGCAACACUGGAGCCCCGCAGGGAACCGUUCCUCUGGUCCCGUUCCUCUUCACCGUAUACACUGCAGACUUCAUGUUCAGCUCAGCAACCUAUCACCUGCAGAAGUUCUCUGAUGACUCUGCCAUCGUCGGUCUGAUCACAGAUGAUGAUGACAGGGAGUACAGAGGACUGAUCCAGAACUUUGUGCCAGUGGAGCUGCCUGUGGGGAAAACCAAAGAACUGGUGGUGGAUUUCCGUAGGCACAAACAAACUUCAUUACCACCAGUGAACAUUCAGGGAAAGGACAUUGUGAGAGUAGGCUCUUACAAGUACAUGGGUGUUCAUCUGAACAGAAAACUGGACUGGACAGACAACACCAAGGCAAUCUAUUAGAAAGGGCAGAGCAGACUCUUUCUGCUGAGGAGACUAAGGUCUUUUGGAGUGCAGGGAGAGCUACUGAAGACCUUUUAUGACUCUGGUGGACUCAGUUAUAUUCUAUGGUGUGGUCUACUGGUGCAGCAGCAUCUCUAUUGCAGAAAGGAAGAGAAAAGCUGAUCAGGAAGGCCUGCUCAGUCCUGGGGAUUCAUCUGGACACUGUACAGGAGGUGGGAGAAAGGAGGAGGGUAGCAAAACUAUCAUCAUUGCUGGAGAACGACUCUCACCCCCUGUAUGUAACGGUUUCAGCUCUGAGCAGCUCCUUCAGUGACAGACUGUUACAUCCUAAGUGUCUGAAGGAGCGACACAGAUGCUCUUUUCUCCCUACUGCUAUUAGACUGUACAACCAAAGCUGCUCCCAGUGAACCAGUCACCAUAAUACACACUGUUAUUACUGUUUAACUGCAUAUAAUAAACAAUAACAAAGCAUUUUAAACACGUGCAAUAACAGAAAUCUUUACCUGUGUGCAAAAUGUCUGUUAGUGUAAUUACUUACUCGUGGUCUCUUUUUUUCUUCACUGUAUUUAUACAUUGUGUUGUGUAUGUACUGUAUA